CGUAGAGAGGGGGAAAGUGCUCCUGACAAUUUCAAGAGAACCCUCCACUCCCUGUCGCUUGUUUAGUCCCUGAUCCCUCGGCCAGUCCCACCCUCAGCAGCUUUCUUCCUCCUCUGUGUUUUGUUUAGCCAGUGCAAUGACUGUAGGUAACAUGGAGAGUGCUGAGCUGUUUGAUGCUGGGAAGAAAGGUCGAGGCCUAAGGGCCACCAAAGAGCUCACUGCUGGGGAAGUGGUCUUCGCCGAGCCCAGUUUCUCUGCUGUGGUCUUCGACAGUUUGGCCACUCAGGUGUGCCACAGCUGUUUCCGGCACCAGGCCAAUCUGCACCGCUGUGCCCAGUGUAAGUUUGCCCAUUACUGCGACCGCACCUGCCAGACUGCAUGCUGGGAUGAACACAAGCAGGAAUGUGGAGCCAUUAAGAAGAUCAGCAAGGUCCCCAGCGAGAAUGUUCGUCUGGCUGCCCGUGUGCUGUGGCGUAUACACAAGGACACAGGCAUUGUGUCAGACAGCCAGCUGAUCUCAGUGGACCAGCUGCAGGACCACGUGGCUGACCUAUCUGAAGAAGACCUCAAGCAGCUCAAGACUGACGUGCACACCUUCCUGGAAUACUGGUCUUGUGGAAGACAGCAGCACUCGGCCGACUACAUCUCACACAUCUUUGGCAUUAUCAAAUGUAAUGGAUUCACACUGAGUGACCAGAGAGGCCUGCAGGCUGUUGGAGUGGGACUUUUCCCCAACCUUUGUCUGGUCAACCAUGACUGUUGGCCCAACUGCACCGUCAUCCUCAACCAUGGCAACCAGGCAGCGGUGAGCUCCGCUCUCCACUCUAAGAGGAGGAUCGAGCUGCGAGCUUUGGGGAAAAUCUCCGAGGGGGAGGAGCUGACCGUCAGCUACGUGGACUUCCUCAACCUGUCUGCCGACCGCCAGAGGAAGCUGAAGGAGCGUUUCCACUUUGAGUGCUCCUGCGAACACUGCAGCCAGCACAUCAAGGACGACCUGAUGAUGGCUGCUGCGGACAGCGAGGGGAACAAACCCUCUGCUGAUCAGGUGAAAGAGGUGACUGCCUUCAGUAAAGACUGUCUGGAGAAGAUUGAGAGGUCCCGUAUUGAGAAGGAUUACCACCAGGUGAUGAAGUUGUGCUGUGAGUGUCUGGAGAAGCAGGGGAACAUCUUGGCUGACACAAACCUGUAUAAGCUGCGUGUGCUCAGCGUUGCCAGUGAAGUGCUGUCAUACCUGCAGUCCUUCCCUGAGGCUGCCAAGUACGCCCGCAGGAUGGUGGAGGGAUACACAAAGCUGUACCACCCCAGCAAUGCCCAGUUGGGCAUGGCUAUUAUGCGGGCAGGCGUCAUCCACUGGCAUGCAGGGCAGAUAGAGGUGGGUCACAGCAUGAUCUGCAAGGCCUACGCCAUCCUCCUGAUCACCCAUGGACCCAACCACGCCAUCACCAGAGACCUGGAGUCUAUGCGCGUGCAGACUGAGAUGGAGCUGAAGAUGUUCAAGCAGAAUGAGUGUGAGUACCACACCAUGAGGGAUGCUGCUCUGAAGAACCAGCCCAUGAUCAGCAGCUCCUAAGCUGAUGAAAAGAUCUCCCCCCCCCCCCUCCCCAGUCCCUGUGCUGAGUCUCUGAAUCACCAGUAUGUCUGAUGAUAGACUGUUCUGUUCAAAUCAACAUGUGCAUAUGUAACACAACACAUGUAGAGUCUCUACAAUAAAAAUCGAGAUACAGUA